AUGGCAGCAUUACCAUAUGCUGUUCCUUAUGAGUACAUUCCCUUCCAGACGCCUGAUAGCGAUCCAGCAGAGGAGAGAAUCGUGAGUAACUUGACUCGGUUUGGGGUGAUCAUAUGGUUUUUUGUGGUGCUGAUUCUUACUCAAAGUUGCACAGCCACCUUGACUUCAAUGUUAACAGUUCAACAGCUCAAGCCAACUAUCACAGACAUAAAUGAGCCCAUAAAGAAUGGGGAGUGUGUGGAUUACCAAAAGGGCUCUUUUGUUUAUGAAUUCUUGAAGUGGAUGAAAUUUGACGAAACCAAGCUUGUAAUCUAUGAGUCUCCAGAAGAACUGGAUGAAUUAUUUUCAAACAGGAGUUCAGAUGGUGGAAUUGCCGCUGCUUUUGAGGAAAUCCCUUACAUGAAGCUUUUCCUUGCAAAAUAUUGCUCCAAAUACACUGCAGUUCAACCAACUUACAAGUUCGAUGGGUUUGGAUUUGUCUUCCCAAAGCGAUCACCUCUUGUACCUGAUGUUUCAAUACAAGUCUUAAAUGUGACUGAGGGAGCUAAAAUGGUUCAAUUUGAGAAAGCAUGA